UAUGGAUGAGUCCAAAGUUCACCAUUAUCUACCAUUAUCGACGGGAGUUAAGGCCUAAAGGAAGGUCUACUCGUUGCUUCGUGACACUUCGAGCCGUUUGACACUUGACAGGAGAGAUGAAUGCACAGGAUUACAGAAACCAGGUCGUGCGUAAGAGGAUGCUCGAUCUGCAUGAUGUCCGCGUGGGAAAGGUCCCGCAGGACUCGCCGUGGUUGAAAAGCGCCCGCUUGAACUUCACGCAAGACCAUCGGUUCAAGGAAUGGGAUAUAAUAAAGAUCCACGACAGCGUGUGUAUAAUUGUCUUCAAUACGACUCGAAGGAAGCUUGUGUUUGUCAGGCAAUUUCGGCCGGCGGUGUAUUACGCGACCCUACCGGAGGAUCAAGAUGCGAUCGACGUCGAGCAUUAUCCUGCGACACUGGGACUGACCUUGGAACUUUGCGCUGGUAUCGUAGACAAGGACAAGUCUCUCGUGGAGAUCGCGAAGGAAGAGUUGAAGGAGGAGUGCGGCUACGAAGCACCUACUUCGGAAUUUGAGGAAAUUACUACUUACCUAUCCAGUGCUUCUGCUAGCGCAAAGCAAACUCUUUUCUAUGUAGAAGUCACAGAUGACAUGCGAAAACAUCCUGGUGGUGGUGACGAGUCUGAAGGUGAAGUCAUAGAAGUGGUGGAAUUGAGCAUUCCCGAAGUAAAGGAUUACAUUGGAUCCAAAAAAAUACAAAGUCCCUCCAGCUUUCUCUUUGGUGUGUCUUGGUUCCUCCUUAAUAAAUCCAUAUACUGUAAAAUACAGUACUAAAGAGAGAAUUGAGCUUGUUUAACAAUUUAAAAUAAAUUAAAAAAACCGCAAAUUAAUUGCAAGUAAAGACCAAUACUAUUGUUCAACCGCAUUUAUUUACAAAUAGAGCAUUUAUACACAAGCAAUGAUAGUUGCACAAUUAAAGUUACAUAAAAUUA